AUGGUGGUCAAAAUCAGACUCGCGCGCUUCGGUCGCAGAAAGGCACCGUUUUAUAACAUAGUCGUUGCGCAAGCUCGAACAGCGCGUAACUCCAAACCCAUAGAAGUGCUCGGCACCUACAAUCCAAUCCCGCAGCCGCCGACAGACGGAGAGGGGAAGCCGUUUAAGGAUAUUAGACUUGAUAGCGCGAGGACGAAGUAUUGGUUGGGGGUUGGGGCGCAGCCUAGUGAUCCGGCGUGGAGGCUGUUGAGUAUGGCAGGAUUGAUUGUUCCGAAAUACAGACCUGGUGCAUCAGCAACACAGCAUGCGCCUCCAGCACCGAAGUAA